AUGCUCUCCACGUGCCCACAUGCGCAUGGCAGGUGGGUGCGGCAUCCGGGCUACACGGGGUGGUUCAUGUGGAGCAUUGCCACGCAGCUGCUGCUAGUCAACCCCCUCUGCACGCUCGCCUUCGCCCUCGUCUCCUGGCGCUUCUUUGCCGCCCGCAUCCCCUACGAGGAGUUCUACCUGCACCAGUUCUUUGGCCUUGAGUAUGCGCGGUACGCCGCCUCGGUGCCGUCCGGCAUCCCCUUUGUCUCGUGA